AUGAAUAAUAGUGGUUUUUUUAGCGAUACUAGCAACUCUAAUAAUAAUUAGCAAAAUGAUGAUGGCUAGAAUUAGAGUAUUUAGGCACUUUAAUCUAAGCUAGAUGCUUAUUAAAAAUCUGGUAAGUACGUUGAGGGUAUAGGAUUGAUGGAAAAGAUUCUAGCACUUAAAAAAGAGUAAUUUGGAGAAGAAUCAACAGAGUUUAAAAAAGGUAUUGAAAAAUUAUGUUAACUGCUUAACAUGUCAGCGAUGAUUUAUUUAGAGAUGGAAUAAUUCGAUAAAUCUUUAGAGUAGCUGAGAAAGGCUGAAAUGCUAUAAAUGAAUUCUUAAAAAAUGAAAGCAGUGACAUUUAAUAAUAUGGCAUGUUACUAUCGACGUACAAAUAAACUACGCACAGCAUUGAAUUAUUUAAUAAAUGCUCUAGAGAUUGAAAUAAAAUUAGAUGAUAAUGAUGUAUCUCUGGCUGAUACUCAUUUGAAUUUAUGUGCUGUUUUAAGCUAAUUAGAUAGACAUGACGAAGCAUUAGAGCAUUCUAUGCUAUCAAUUAUUAUGUUAUAAGAUGAAAUGCUGAGUUAAACUCUUAAAUUUUAUAAAACCUAGUCAUAAAAUUAAUAGUAAAAUGAACCUGCUCUUAAGAAAAGAAAGAUUGUAACUGAUGAUAGAAUAGCAGUUUUAGCAAUAGCUUAUCAUAAUUUAGGAGUAGAAUUCGAACAUUUAAAAAGGGAUGACGAAUCUAUAAAGCUGUACAUGAAAGCAUAUGGAAUAGCAAAUACAUAUUUAGGGAUACAGCAUUCUGUAGUGAAAAAGAUGGAAAAAGUAAUGUAAAAAGCAAAGGACUAGUAAUAUGAAAAGAAAAAAAAGCAAGAUAUAAAAAAUCCUAACGGUAUUCAAAAAAAUGGGAGUAGUGGAAUGAAAGAAUUUUAUAAAGAGACAAAUAGAAUAGAGAUAAAUAAUAUAAAUUUAAAAUCAAAAAUAUUACCAAGGCUCAAAAUAAACACACCUACUGGUUUUGCGAAUCCUUAUGGAUAGAAUUCGAAUAAUCAGCUUUAUGGAAUACCAGAAACUAACAACUUAAAUGGAAAUAUUAAUUUUUAACAAUCAAGAAAAAAUAUAAGCAAUAAUUUGUCUAGCCAUACGUCAUCUCCUUAAACACCAAAAACUGCAUAAAGAUAAUAUAGAUUCAGAUCCAAGUAAUAAAUAGAUAGAUAUGCUUCACACUCAUAAAGUAGGCAAGAAUAUGUUCAGAAUUAUUCUUCUAACAAGCUACCUAAUUAUUAUGACUAAACCUUGACCUAUAAUACUUCAUCAAACAGAACAAGAAACAAUACUCUUUCUUAAUCUAGUGAAUUUAAUCCUUUAUAAAAUCUUCAUACUGAUAGAUAAUUUAGUCCUUCAGAUUCUCUAAAUGAAUAAGCAAAAACAGUAUUUAAAUGGAACCAAACAAGACAGCAUAGCUAGAGUUAUGACUCCAAAUAAGGAGAAGAUUAUUUGUUAAAUACCCCUGUUUCUCCAACUUAAAAAUAAAAAUAAUACUAAGAAUAUAAAAGAAACUUUCCAUAAAAUAGAGUAUACAAAGCAUAAAAUUAAGAUAAUGACAAAAAUGAUCUUCAUGAUUUGUAUUCAGAAUAACCUCCUCCAUCUCAUAGGGAUAUUAGAUAAUCAUAUAUAGAUAUUCAGUUAAAAAAUAGAAAUAACUCAUCAUCUAAUACUUCUAAUACAAAUAACAAUUAAGUGAAAACCCCAAUAAGAGAGACAAUAGAGCAAGAGUUCACUUAAAAUAGUUCUAUAACAUAGAAUUUAUAAAAAGAAAUCAUCUGA